UUUAAAAAAUGUAUUAUUGAACAUGUAUCCAUGAGUUUAUGCACUGGCGAAAAGAACCGACAUUGCACUGGAAUCGUUCGAACAGGAUAAAUAAAUACCUUCUAUAUCGGCUGUCUGCCACUCCCAGGUUUUCGGUGUUUUAUACCAGCUUCAAGAGCAUUUGGGCCAAGGUUAGCCACUGGUGGGCACCUCUGAGUGGGCCCAACAAGACGCCAAACGUGUCUAUGUGAGGGACUUGAUAGCAGGACAAGAUUUCAUCCAAGCCCCACAAAUCACACGCAUACGUGACCGUGCUAUCGCAGAGCGGGCGGCUCCCAUGGAGCUGGACGACGUGACCAGAAGCUGUCGAAGAGCAGGCAUACAGAAAGAGUCGCUCUGCCAGCAAGUCACUCUCUUAAAGACAGAGAGUCUCUCACAGCCAGUUCGGCUUUAUGGGCAUGGCUCUCCACAAUCUACACGAGGCUGCAACAACGGGGCAACUGCAGCCACUUGUGUAGACUGGCAAGCGGCCAAAUGCAGCGCAACGACACAAAAACAGCAAUGCAUAAAAUGGAAAAAUGAAGCCAGGUUUUUCAUGCUGGCCAUACCGGCUGCAGUCGCUUUGCUGCUGCCGCUUCUGCUGUUGUUGCCAUGAGGUGAGCCGUAACAGAGAUAUUGCUGCUGGCCCGAUCUGGCCCGAUCCGGUCUCUGCUGGCCAAACG